AUGGCUCGGAGGCUGCUUUUCCUGGGCCUCGCUCUCCAGGUGCCUUUGCUACAAGCCCAGACCAGUGAGGAUGUGGACUUCAUGCGAAGUAGCCCCCUGGGCUGCUUCGUAAGAGGCUUCAAGUUUGAUCGUUAUAUACCAAACAAGAACAUCAACACAACCAGUCUGAAGCUUUGCCAACAGCAUUGCCAAUAUGUUGACGGCUGUGUCAAAUUCUCCUACAGAGCUUUCUGGGGAGAGUGCUGGUUCGCUGACAUCAAUGCGGUGGAAGUGCCUGUGGAGAGCCCGUAUUUGAUUGUAGGCUACAGAACCUGCGAUACGCAGGGAAUGCAAAGGCCUGCCAGGUGCAGCACGGAGACACCGGGGAAUGGCUUCCCAGGGCAGACAGCCGAGGCCUCCAAUGCGGCAUGGCCAGGUGGCAAACAGCCUUACAGCUUGGAAUGUUGGCCGAAGAGCUGGGACGGCGCACCCCUGCCUUGCAAGGAGGUUUCCGUGUUGGAUGACACCAAGAAUGGUUGGCCCGGCAAGUGUGUUGGCCUUGUAGAGAUGAAGCAAGUUAAUGGGUCCAACUGCGGCGAGAACUGUCGCCAACAUCCUGGCUGCCAAUCGUGGCAGAAAACUGUUUACAACAGUUGCUGGCAGGGCCUUGGCAAGGACUGCUUCGUCCGCCACAAUUGGAUGCCCAAAGAAGCUCAAAGGCUUCAGCACGGAUCUGUCCGAGUGCUGAAGGACCUGACAGGAAUGCAGAUCGUGGGUUUGUGGAAAGGCUUCGAUAACAUCGAGGGAUUUUUCCAGAAUGCGCAAGAUGCGAUUGCGUUUUGCAAGCACAUGUGCUACUCCGACUUCAGAUGUCAAUAUUGGACCUAUGCUCCUAAUUAUGGCUGCUGGAUUGAGGAUGCAUCGCAGGAGUACGGGCCACCUUUCCCUUUGACGCUGGAUGCAGCUCGUCGCGACACGAUGUUUGCCGCAGACUGCGUGGCUGGGGAGUACAUUCAGCACUUCUGCCCAGAGGGCUUCGUCAACCGGAUAGAGCUGGAGCAACCGGCAAAUUUGUCCGACUGCGCUGAGAAAGGUUUCCGAUACGAGCCACCCGACAUGUUCCUUACCCACAGGACAUCGGCAGAUAGCUGGGAGCAGUGCCGCAUGCGGUGCAAGCUCACGGUCUAUUGCCAUGAGCUCAGCGUCGCAGCGCCUGGAGCUGACGCGCCCGCGAAGGACCAGCCCGGAUUGCCCCUGGUGCCACAGACAGCGCACAUGGCUGAGAUCCAGAUGCCACUUCACAACCUGGAUGUCGUGUCCCUGUCAGAACCAGCCGCUGGCAUCGUAUUCAACGCUCAGUGCGAGAAGUUCACCUCCUUCAAGCACGGAGCUUCGGCUGAAGCUGGACCUGGACCCAACGACCUCAAGGCACAGGUCAAGCUGAGCCCGAUUGCUGGUGGCUCUAUCCUCACCGCUUUCACUCUCAACGAGCCCAUCGAAAGCCCCGACCCAACUGUAUUGGAGAGGAAGUUGAAGGUGCCAGCGCUGGCAUCAAACAUGAAAGCAGCCACCAGCGGGGCUGCGCUUCCGUCAUAUGCUUUGUCAGGGCCGCUGCUCGUUGGCGAACCGCAUGUGGGCACCAAGGACCACCCGCUGAAAGCCCCGCAGCAGCAGCCUAGCUUCUUCUCCCAGUGGUGGCCGCUGCUAGCGGUGUUGGGGAUUGUCGCGUGCAUUGGUGGAGGUAUCUAUAUCCACAGACUCUCCGAGAUGCAGUCGAGAGACGACAAACGUGUGGUCCUCGGUGGAAGAAGAGCAGUCCAUGACAGCAGCCUCCAAAAUCAUUCAACUAGUUUUUGCUAUUUUGGUCAAACAUUAGCUCGAGGGGCAGGACUUCGUGCGGCUGGCAGAGGAAUCUCUGCGCAAGACUCGGACAUGUCGAUGUCCCUGAAGGACCGCAUGCACACUGCUAGUUGA